AUGACAAUGUCAUCAUCAUGCUUGUUGGGCCACCUGACCAUUGCAAACCUAUGUGCAUAUGUACUGCCCUCUUCACUUUACUUUAUACCACAUCAAAUUGUCAGACACAAGAUGGGAGACUUUCCUUUCUGGAACACAAGUUUACCCUGGAAUGAGAGAGUUGAUGACUUGGUAUCUCGCCUGACUCUUGAAGAAAUUCAGCUACAAAUGGCUAGGGGUGGGUCUGGAGAAUAUGGUGGCCCUGCACCUGCUAUUCCACGACUAGGAAUUGGAGCAUACAACUGGGACACUGAGUGCCUGCGUGGUGAUGCAGAGACAGCUGGCAAUGCAACUGCCUUUCCUCAAGCUUUGGGACUGGCAGCGACAUUUAGCCCUGACCUGCUGUUUAGAAUUGCUGCUGCGGUAGGAUCUGAGGUCCGAGGCAAACAUAACGACUUUGUGCAGAGAGGAAUAUAUGCUUCCCAUACUGGAGCCAGCUGUUUCAGUCCAGUAAUUAACAUCGCACGAGACCCUCGCUGGGGCAGAAAUCAGGAGACCUACGGAGAAGAUCCUUUUCUGACUGGCAUCCUGGCCCAGAAUUUUGUCAGAGGCCUGCAAGGCAGUGAUCCCAGGUAUGUCCAGGCCAGUGCAGGAUGUAAACAUUUUGAUGCUCAUGGCGGACCUGAAGAUAUUCCUGUCAACAGGAUGACAUUCAAUGCUCUGGUGUCGGACACAGAUUGGCGCAUGACCUUUCUUCCAGCCUUCAAAAAGUGUGUACAGGCAGGAACCUUCAGUCUCAUGUGUAGUUACAACAGUAUCAAUGGAGUCCCAUCUUGUGCUAACAAGAAACUGCUAACAGACAUCUUGCGAGAUGAGUGGAACUUCACUGGAUAUGUGGUCAGCGAUGAGUCCGCAAUAGAAAACAUCAUCAACGAUCACCACUACCUGAACAACAGCCUAGAUACAGCUGCAGCCUGCGUCAAUGCUGGGUGUAAUCUGGAGCUGUCGCCUAAUUUGGUGCAGCCUGUUUAUCUUUCAAUAGUUGAUGCAAUAAAUCAAGGCAAGCUGUCUGAAAAUCUGGUCAGAGAAAGAGUUAAGCCUCUCUUCUACACAAGAAUGAGACUGGGUGAAUUUGAUCCUCCAGAAAUGAAUCCAUAUGCCAAGUUGGACAGCAGUAUUGCCGAGUCACCAGAACAUCAAUCACUGGCUGUUGAAGCAGCUGUGAAAUCUUUCGUUCUGCUAAAAAAUCAAGACAGCAUUUUACCAUUAAAUCUGACAGCAUUCAGGAGGGUUGCAGUGAUUGGUCCAAUGGCUAAUAACAUUAGCCAGCUUUUUGGCAACUACAGUCCAAAUCAGGGGAGAAGUUUUACCAAGACACCAGUUGAAGGUUUAAAAUUGCUGUUCCCUAAACUUGUCAAUGGAACUGCCUGUGAGGAUGGGACACCUUGUAAAAUAUACAACUCCAGUGUGGUCAAGAGAGUUGCCAGUGGAGCUGACCUGAUUUUUGUCAUUUUAGGAACAGGUCAGGUGCUUGAGUCAGAAGAUACAGACAGACCUGAUGUCAAUCUACCAGGGAAGCAACAGCUGCUGUUACAGGACACAUUGUCAUUCAAUCCCCAUGCCAGAAUCAUUCUGCUGCUAAUGAAUGCUGGACCUCUAAACAUCUCUGUCUUCGAUGAAUCCGAUCGUGUCAGUGCCAUCAUGGAGUGCUUCUUCCCAGCUCAGGCUGCAGGAGAUGCCCUGGCUGCGGUGCUGUCCAACAGAGGAGGCAACAGCAGCCCUGCUGGCAGAUUGCCCAUGACCUGGCCCAGGUUUGACUGGCAGAUUCCCCCUAUGGUCAACUAUUCCAUGGAAGGGAGGACCUAUCGAUACUUGAAAACAGACCCACUAUAUCCAUUUGGGUAUGGAUUAUCCUAUACUCGUUUUGUAUAUAUGGAUUUGGUCUUGAGUGACCUAGUCCUGCAACCGCAACAGAAUCUGACAGUUGCUGUUCUGCUGAAAAAUGUUGGAGAUUUUACUGCUGAUGAGGUGCUCCAGUGUUAUAUCUCUUGGGGCAAUCAGUCUCUUCCUGUGCCUGUGAGACAGUUGGUCUAUUUCACUCGUCUCCCUGUGGCUGCCAGGCAUCAGGUGAAUCAUACAUUUACUGUCUCCUGGGAGAACUGGGCCUACUGGAGUCAUGGAGAAUGGACUGUUCAGUCAGGUAUCAUGAACAUCUUCUGUGGUGGGCAGCAACCGUUCCAGAAGAAACAAGUGCCCUCCAACGUUCUCACAAAAACAUUCAAAGUCAUCAGAACAGCCUAG